AUGGGAUAUAUCCAGAAUAGAACUUUUUUCCUGAAAAAAGAAUCUGGUUAUUUUGACAUUAUAAUAAUUACAAUUAAUUUAACAUAUUAUCAAAUUCUCUUUAGAUUAGAUGGGUCUACAAGUGGAACAGUACCUUUAUUUAGAGGUCCUCAAAAUGCACAGAUUGAUACUUCGGAACUACGUCGAAUUAAAGUUGAUAUUCAUAGGAAUAUUCCUGUAAAAGGACCUGUUACCGAAUUAGAGAGAGAUAUACUUAAUCCUGAAGAUGUGAUCGUCAAGAGAAGAGAGGCCUUGACAAUCAAGUCACGUUCUUUGAGGAAACGUUCUUUAUCCUUGAGUCCUAUUAGGAAUCGUGUCUAUUCUGGAUAUCCAUCUUCCUAUCAAUCCAGUCGUCGCAUGGAUUUGAAGCAUCAGGACAAGACAGAAAAAUGUGAUACUCAUAAAGAUGAUGGGAGAAGCGAUUUAGAGAAACGCAGAGAAUAUAAAGAGAAAUAUACUGAAAGAGAUGAUGCAAAUAAGCAUGAUAAUAAUCGAUCGCGUUCUAGAGAACGUAACUCACAUUCCAGGCCAUUUAUUGAAGGGAGAUCUUAUCGCGACAGAUAUCGUGAAAGAUCGAAUGAACGUUCUUAUGAAAGAAGAGAUAGAGAUAGGGAGAGAAACAGAGAAAGAGAUAGGAAUAGAGACAGAACUAAAACUAGAGAUAGAUCCAGGGAACGAAGAGAUAGGGAGAGAAAUAGAGAAAGAGAUAGGAAUAGAGACAGA